AUGUACUUGUGUAUUUUAUGUGUGUUGUACUUCCGAGAUGUAGUUCUGGAAGAGGAAAUGGUGGAAGGGGAAGAGGAAGAUCAGUGGGAAGAUGUCAGUGGUGGGGAGGAAGAGGAGGAGGAAGAGGAUGGUGAAGCCGGGAGCAACAACAGCCAAGGCUUGGAUGCUGAAGAGGUGGAGAAAGAGUAUCAGGAGCCAUCAUCACUGCCUCCUUCCACCAGCUCUUCCCAACCUCCUGGGAAGAAUGGGCAACUGUCCCUAGCCAUGCCUCCGCCUCUGGAAGAGGAGGAGACUCCAAACACAGAAGGAAAGCCCUUGACUCCAUUUUCACCGGCAGAGGGGUAUCACCCUGUGUCUGACUGGGGCGAAGAGAUGGAGCUGAGCUCACCCCGAGCGAACCUCACCAAGAGUCCUCUUGCUGCGUCCGGAGAGGAUCCUUCCACCAGUGCUGGGCCAGCUUCCACUGACUCUCCAUCUGGAUCAGGAUCCCAACAGUCCACUGCAGGGGUGUUGGAAAAAGAGGCACCUCCUGCACCCGGAGCCCCAGCGGCGGAGAUGAGCAAGGAGCCAGAAGUAGACAAUCUGAACAAACACUCCGUGCAGAAGGAACCAGACAAUCAAGAUGACAAUGGAGCUGCGACAGGGACCUUGGCUACUGGGCCCGUUGAGGGAGAGAUUGCUGACAUCCAGAAGGAGCAGCAGGAGGCCUGAAGCGCUGGAGGGCAUCUCCUCUCCGCUUCCCUUGCCCAGGGUGGUCAAGAAGAAGACUGGCUUCUGGACACAUCGGUGACCCUGCCCUGCUGCGUCCUGCCUGCUUGUGUUGCUCUUGGGCUCCCAUAUUUAGAGGAAGGCAACCCUCUCCCAGCACGCCGUAGCCUGCAGAGCCAUCUUUUAGUGCAGUGAACACUAAAUUCAUGUGCGGAUGGGGACUGUGGGCCCUGCAUGUGAUGCUUUUCUGACUGUUCAUGUUGGGGGGGGGGGUGCACUUGUGCAUGUGAGAAGGGAAAUAUUUUUGUUCAUUUAUCCACCCUUCUUCAGUAUUUCCUAGAAAAAAGGGGGUCCUGUGAAAAUAUCCACAAAGCCCCCCUUUAACACUUUGAGGAGAAAGAAAAGCCUAGCGUUGUAUCUGCCUUCAUUCCUCUGUCCCACAUGCUGCUGCUUUCCCCCCCUUUCCCUGAGGUUGGGUAGGAUUUGGCUGCUUCAUAUCAUGUACAAAGGAAAAAGGGAUUGUAAAAAUAAAGUCAUUUUCAUGGCCA